AUGAUGCAGUUUGCAACCCAUGCCGCCUUCCUUGCCUCCAUGGCCCUGACCGCUACUGCCGCGCCUGUCAAUAGCAUCAAGGUUCGCCAGGAAAUUCCGCAUGUUCUCUAUCGCGACACUGGAUGUGGCCGCGAUGGAAGCUCGUACGGCGAUGACUACGACCCACUCCAGAACACCACUGCCACCGGCCUCAGCACGUGCAUGAACCUGCCUCCAAGCUUCAGCUUCGCUAGCACUUACUUCAACGAGACUGGGAGCCUUACCAGAACAAUUCGUUUCUACGACCUCCCUUGCUCUGAACUUACCACUAUUGACAGCGGAUAUCACAUCGAUAUCACACCUGGUUCGGUUGGUUGCCAGACGCUGACACUCAAGUCUUAUGUCACUUUGUAG